AUGUCAUCGACUGCCCUCGCCCCAUUUGAGCCACCGAAUCAUGUAUACUCUGCCUUUGCCUUCAUCUCCUUCAUGAUGUGCGUAGUCCCGGUGUACUGGCAUCUGGAAGCUUGGAAUAUGGGCACCCUGCUUUAUAUGUUCUGGACAGGGAUAGCGGUCCUCAACAUGUUUAUCAACUCUAUCAUCUGGGACGGGAACGCAAUCAACUCAGCGCCGGUGUGGUGCGAUAUCUCUUCCCGCAUCAUCAUCGCGUCGAACGUCGGCACCGUCUUAGCCUCACUUUGCAUCGAAAGGCGUCUUUACAAGAUUGUCUCGGCAAAAAGUGUGAUGAUCACCUCCCAAGACAAGCGCAAAGCGAUCAUCAUUGACCUCGCCAUUGGAUUCGGUGUUCCGCUCAUCCAGCAGCUCAUGUAUGCUGUUGUCCAGGGCCACCGUUUCGAUAUCGUCGAGGAUGUGGGCUGUUGGCCUACCACCUACGUGACCCCCGUCGCGAUUGCUCUAAUCUUCACCUGGCCGAUCGUCAUUGGCUUGAUCUCCACUGCUUAUGCUUUCACGACGAUCUGGCUUGUUUACAAGCAUCGCCGUAACUUCAAUAGUCUUAUCAAAGACAGCCAUAACUUGAACAGCUCUCGCUACAUCCGUCUUAUGUGUCUCGGCGGCACCGAAAUCCUCACUGUACCCCUCGCUUCAUGGGCCCUCGCCGUCACCAUCCAGGGCGGCGUCUCCCCCUGGGUCUCUUGGGCUGACACCCACUCGGAUUUCAGUCGUGUCGACCUUGUCCCUGCUGUCCUGUGGAGGUCCUCUUCCCUCGGCGUGAUGAACUACGAGAUGUACAGGUGGUUCCUCGUCCUAUGCGCGUUUGUUUUCUUCGGGUUCUUUGGGUUCGCGGACGAGGCGAUAAAGAACUAUCGCUUGGUUUACACGUCUGUUGCGAGUAGGCUUGGCUACUCCACCAUGUCUUUCACAUGGUCGUCCUCAGGGUACGUCACUUCUACCUUCUAG